UUCGUUCAGGAAUGCACGAUCAUUGAUCAGAUUGAUCUCUGUAUGUGCUAUUUCGUAUUCUUAUGACCGGCGCUGAAGUACUUCCGCUUGAAACCUCAUUAUCUAGGGAUGCUUAUUAUGGCGCUCGUGUGUGCUGAGUCUAUAUUUAUCAUUCGAGCAUAUGUGUUGUGGGGUCGAACGAGACGGAUCCUUUACUUUCUGACUGGGAGCUACCUGAUAGUUCUUGCAGGGGCAUUCAGUUGCGACGCACUAUAUGGAGUCGCUAUUGAGACGUUCGGAGGCUGUGAGUUACCGGCAUAUACGCAACAGCCUCUGAUGGCAGGGUAUAUACUUCUGGUCGCACUAGAGAUAGAAGUUUUCGUGCUUUCUGUUUAUAAGGCGUUCAAAAUGUACCGUGCAAGUGAAGGAACACUAGCAGUUUUAUUUGUGCAGCACAAUGUUGGAUAUUUCGCCGCUUGUCUUGCAUUGAACGCCAUCAACAUGAUAAGUGCGGUCGGAGUAAUGGCAAUCAAUGAUCGUGCGAUGAUAGAAGUAACACAGGUCAUCCUACAAGCGUUACUUGCUACCCGAAUGCAAAUUCAUCUCUGGAAAACUGUCGGCGGACGGAGUAAUUCACCGACGGACGAGAUGACAUCUUUGGAAUUUGCUGACAGACGCGAUACCAUGCAGGAGCCUGAGGUGAGUACGUGAUGGGGUUGAGCGUAAAUCAUUUACAGGGCAUUACUAUUUCACUUAUACUACUGUGCAACAUAAUAUCUGUCAACUUCUCCAGUGUAUAGCUACCCCCUUCUGGAGUUCUGCGCCAUCGGCACUGCUUUCAAUGAUAGUAUUGCUUGGUAAACAACGACCAGGUCG